AUGGACUGGCCUACAGAUAUCUGCCCUAGUCAAAAGCACGACGACUUGGGCAAUGGACUCACCUCUGCCUGUCAGAGCUCGAGCUUACCGACUUCUCCUCAUUUGCACGGUCCGCUCCUUAGGAUUGAAGACUACGGGCGCCUCUCUAAAGUUCUAAGAGUCACUGCGUGGAUCAAAAGGUUUCUUCGUAAUGUGUCACUCAACGCCACGUCCUCCUCCGGGCCGCAAACAGCCUCUGAGGUGUGUGAAGCAGAGUUGUACUGGAUACGAUUCGUUCAACGCUCUGCCUUUCAUUCAGAAAUCACUAUGUUAGAGGACAUACAAUCGGUCGACUCUACUUCCACUAUUCUGGCUUUACAGACAUUCCUUGACCAGAAAGGUUUGCUUCGUGUUAGUAGACGCCUGCAGGCCCUUGAUGUGUCGGAGGAGUUGAAGCAUCCUAUGAUACUACCGUGCAACGACCCGUUCACUGAACUUCUGGUAGACGCAAUGCAUGUCCGCCUUCUUCAUGGAGGAGUCCAGCUAACCUUAAUUGAACUCCGCUCCAGGUUCUGGAUUCUGAAAGGUCGUCGGACAGUGAGGCGGGUAUUGAACGCUUGCUUGCCGUGCCGUCGUAGACGCUUGCGUCCGGAGUCUGCUCCUCCCGCACCGUUACCCAGGGACCGGAUAACCGAAACCAUGCCGUUUGACGUCGUUGGAAUUGACUUUUGUGAACCACUGUACUGCCGCGCGUCACCAAACACUGACAGAGAGGUGUACAUAGUUGUGUUCUAG